AUGUCAGCUUCAGACACUCCUCCUCAGCAGCCCGAGGACACUUUGGAUGAGAAGAAGACACAACAUGAAGAAAUCGAGAUAUCAAGGCAGUCUUUAGACUUCGACGCGGAAGUAGCCUCUCAUGCGCUGUCUCUCCGUGGAACCAAGUUGUCCGUUGCGAUUGCAUUUGUUGCUGGCACUGGAUUCACACUUUUCGGGUAUGACCAAGGUGUUAUGUCCGCCCUUCUCACAGCAGGGCAGUUUGAAAAAACGUUCCCUCAAGUCGUGGUGGAAAGUAGCCAUCCCAAUCAUGCUAUUUUGCAGAGUUUUAUUAUUGCAAUCUAUGAAGUGGGCUGUCUAGUAGGUGCCCUGUCUAAUAUGUGGGUCGGGGACCGUCUAGGUCGUCGUCGUACUAUCUUUCUGGCAGGCAUGAUCAUGAUCGUAGGUGCCAUCCUUCAGGCAACCUCUUGUAGUUUCGCACAGAUGAUAGUCGCUCGUGUGGUCACCGGUUACGGAAACGGCUUCAAUUCCUCUACUGUCCCUACAUACCACGCGGAAUGCUCCCCAGCUGCAAAGCGAGGACGCAUGAUUAUGAUAGAAGGGAGUCUCAUCACUUUUGGUUGGGUUGAUGUUGGAUUAUAUUUUGUGCCCGAGUCAUCUGCACAAUGGAGAGUGCCAAUUGCACUGCAACUAGUGCUGGAACUUAUCCUGGUUGGGGGUAUUGGAUUUUUGCCAGAGUCACCGAGAUGGCUCGUUAGACACGAUCGUCCUGCAGAAGCGUUGGCCGUUAUAUCAGCUCUCGAAGACAAACCACCUUCUGAUCCCGAGGUACAACGUACAUUCUAUGCUAUACGUGAAGCUGUUGAGAUGGAAGACUUUGGAACGUCCAGUGAUGAUGGGGAAGGAGCUAUGAAGAACAAGAAAAGCAAUAGAAAGGCAUCGUUACGCGAGCUGGUGACUGGAGGACGAAGUCAGAAUUUCCGACGGACCAUCAUUGCCGUCAUGUGUCAGAUGUUUCAACAGCUUACUGGCAUUAAUUUGACGAUACUCUUCCAAAGGCUAGGGCUCUCUGAUGUAACUUCACGCCUCACUGCCGCCGCCAAUGGUACAGAGUACUUUUUAGCAUCCUUUAUAGCAAUUGCCGUUGUGGACCGUGUGAGCCGAAGGUCAUUGAUGAUCAUCGGCACUGUUGGUCAAUCGUUGACUAUGUUAUUAUUGGCUAUCAUGGGGAGCAUUAAUAAUGGUCCAGCACAAAUUGUAAGCGCUGUUUUGCUUUUCGUCUUUAAUACAUUUUUUGCCUUGGGUUGGCUGGGUACGGCGUGGUUGUAUUGUGCGGAGCUUGCUGGCUUAAGAGUGCGAGCUCCUGUCAAUGCACUGAGUACAGCGUCAAAUUGGACUUUCAAUUUUGUUGUCGUGAUGGUCACGGGUCCAUCCUUCAGCAACAUCUCCUGGAGAACAUACAUUGUCUUUGCCGCCCUCAACGCGGUCAUCGUCCCCAUGAUCUAUUUCUUCUUCCCAGAGACAGGGGGUAGAUCUCUAGAAGGUAUAUGA